CAGAGGGGCUCAAAGCAGGCAGAUGGGUGUGUAGAGUGGUUCAAUUAAUUUACAAACAGCUUUCGAAUUAUCCUGUUUUUUCUAUCACAACCAUUUAGUUUUCCCCUCAUCAUAAGAAAUGGGACUGUCAGAAUCUGGUUUCUGCCAUAAGGCACUUCCUAAAUUAUUUAGGUUUUAUGGGGGCAUGAUAAGAGAGGAAUAACUGUGUUUUGAGGUGAAGUUUGGGGGUGAAAUUUUCUUUCGGGAGGCGAAAACGCAACCGGGAAACAACCCAGAAAACAACAGGUUAUGGGAAGUGAUUAAAACCCCCCCUAAAAACCAGAAUUUACCAGCGAGCAGAGGGUCAGGGAAGAGGAAUAACAAAGCAUUUCUCCCAGGCAGGUGUCCCUUAUCAGGAGCAUUCCAGCCUGCCCUGUUUGUCACAGGAACCGGCCGGAGCGGGAGCGCUCGGAGCCAGGGAAUGAUUCAGUGGGGCUGGGGAAGGGCAGGUGGAGCAGGUAAAGUCACCUCCAGACAGGAAGGUAUAAAAGAUCCUUGGAUUGCAGCUCUGGGGCCACUCGUGCACAGGGAGCUCCUGGAGGUCACUUGUCCUGUGCCAGGAAAAACCCCCCGGAGCUGGGACAACAAGAGGACUUUUAUAAACACAAAAAAAAGCCCCUCUGGAGAGAAGACUCUUCAGGGGUAGAAAUCAAGAGCCCAGAACAUGCUUUCCUCCUUCUAACAGCACCCUGAACAGAGGCUCCCAGGGCUCUGUUUCUCUCCCGGGGCUCCGUCAUGUCGUGCUUCUCCCAGCUGUGGCAUUCCAGCACUCCGGACUCUCCCACCAGCCCGACCCCUGCCUCUCCUGGUGAAGUCCCCAUCCCCAUCAGCCCCAUCGUGGUGACCUCCCCAGGAGAUGGCAAGAGGAAGGCGAGAUCCCCCACCAGCUCCCCGGGCUCGCCCAACCCGACCUCUCCCAAGCCGACGUCCCCCGUGGAGUGCUCCAUCUGCUUCAACACCUACGACAACACCUUCAAGACCCCCAAACUGCUCCAGUGCUCCCACGUUUUCUGCCUGGAAUGCGUGGCCCGCCUGAGCACGGGGCUGCCCCCCAACCAGCCCGAGGACCUGCUGCCCUGCCCCUUCUGCAGGCAGCUCACCAACAUCCCCCAGGAAGGCGCUCCCGCCCUGGAGACCAGCAAGGAGCUGCUGGCCACGCUGCCCCCGGAGCUGCAGCGGGAGAAGGUGCUGUGGAUGGAGGGCACCAAGCUGUGCUGCCGGAGGGCCUCGGACGACGCCGAGAACCCGGAGUCGUGCAUCUCCAUCGACGUGGCCAUGAGCAAGCCCGAGAGCCCCGAGGCCCCGCCGAGGGGGCUGGCGGGGAGGUUGUCCCGCUGCGAGGUGUGCGACGACUGGAAGCGCAUCCUCCUCCUCUCCGCCCUCGUCAUCAUCCUCUUCUGCAUCAUCCUCUGGCCGGUGCAGUGCGCCCUGAAGACGGGCAACAUGCGCUGCUUCACCAGGACUGUGGCCACCAUGAGCAGGCCCGAGUACCUGCCCCCCAAACCCACCACGGCGGCGGCGGCGGCGGCGACAGAACCCCCUUUCUUCCAGUAGCGGCCCCUGGCUCUGCUGAGCUCUGCGCCCGCAGCGGGGAGGAGCAGCAGGACCUGCUGCCCUGCCAGCAUUCCUUGGAUUGCUGGGCAGCCCCUGCGUCCCCUCCUGUGCCCGCCUCCGGGGGCUCUCCGCUGGAAUGCUGCUCCAACCCGGAGUGCUGCUCCAAGGAGCCGCCUCUGCAUCCUGCUGCCAAACUCUCCAUGGAAACCAGAGCUGGGAAAGCCGCGGGGAGGGUUCCAGGACUGUUUCCCUCGUGUGCCUUGGCUAGAGACCAGGUGGCAGCGGGUGCAGUUCCUCGAGCUCCCCGAGGGAAUAAAGGGCUAUUUUUUUCUUUUUUGGCAA